GACGCCGAGGCUUAGGCGGGCUUUAUAAGACGAUGGUAAACACAGCAUUUUGAGUUCUUAUAACAAAAACGUAAUCCGCCGAACAAAGGUAGCCGGGAAGAGUGAGAGGGAAAAUGCUGCAACUGAACUUGCUAUCUCCUCAAUUAAGCACUCGAAACCCUAAAGUGUUCGCUCUCGAUUCAGUCUCCUCUAAAAAAUCGCUUAAAUUGCUUAAAGCCAGUGAGUUUAACCCUAAAAUUUACACACUCUCUCCAACCAAAACUUCCGCCAAGACCAGGCUGGCCGUGAAAUGUCGUCAAUCGGAGUUAUAUGAGAAGCAGAGGUUCAACUCCUCACGGUCUUCUUCCACUGACUAUUCUUUUGCUCCUGGAGUUGGAGAAUCCCCGCCUAAGGUUUUCGUGAGCCAUUCGAUAUACAAAGGUAAGGCUGCUCUUACCGUGCAACCCCGAGCACCUGAGUUUGCGGCAUUAGAUUCUGGGGCAUUUAAGGUAGCAAGGGAAGGUUUUAUGCUGUUACAAUUUGCGCCUGCAGCAGCUGCACGUCAAUAUGACUGGAGUAGAAAGCAGGUGUUCUCAUUAUCAGUGACGGAAAUUGGAACUCUAAUUAGCCUCGGUGCUAAAGAUUCAUGUGAAUUUUUCCAUGAUCCUAACAAGGGGAAAAGUGAUGAAGGCAAGAUCAGGAAGGUGUUGAAAGUAGAGCCACUUCCAGAUGGUUCUGGCCACUUCUUUAACCUCAGUGUUCAAAACAAAGCUUUGAAUAUGGAUGAAAGCAUUUACAUUCCCGUUACAAAGGCAGAAUACACUGUUCUCAUCACUGCUUUUAAUUAUAUCUUGCCAUACUUGCUAGGUUGGAACACUUUCGCUAAUUCUAUUAGACCAGAUGAAAAUAGCCGUGGGAAUGAUGCAAAUCCAAGGUAUGGGGGAGACUAUGAAUGGAACAGGUAGUGAAUAUAGCAGAAAUUGCUAGAACAAUGCAAAGUUUGUUCAGUAUCUUCUUCUCCACUCCCUCCUUUUCUGUAUCAGGUUUGUUGAUAGGAGAAUGUUCUGAGAAAUUUUGAUGACAUUGAUGAAAUUGUUGUGUACGUUAUCUUAUGAUGAAAAUUUGUCAAAUGUGCUCGGAAAUUUUGAAUCAGAACUCCUAGAUCAUUGGCCGUUAAACUGGA